AUGAAGCAACUGCUAUCUGGUAUUUUUGAUGAAAUUGAAAUAAAAAGGAAUAGAAAAGUGAAGAAAAGAGGGAAAGCAAAUAACAUCGCCGUUAAAACUAAUGUUCGCUGUAGAGUGAAACACAGAAAGACAACCAAUUCAAGCCCCUUCAACGGUAAACCAUCACACCAGCGUGAGAAUUUUAUCACUUUCCUAAAUGCAUUUUUGAUGCACCUAGAGCCUGGGGCAAUGAAAUUCUCUAGAGAUCAUAUAACAAACCUAGUAGAUCCUCUUGACAUACCAACAAGUGAUUAG